AUGAAAAACAGAAUAAAACUUCUUUAGAUCAGUUCUUAUUAUGUGGAAUAUUGAAUUAUUCUAAUAUAUGAAAGAAUACCUAUGAAGAAAAUAUUAUUUACCAAGUAAUUAACUUAAGAAAAAAAAAAUCUUCCAUAAAAGACGGUUGGUUCCAUUUAUGUUGAAAGCAAGAAAACACACUUUUCAUAGUUAUCCUAGAUACAGUUUGUAUUCCUACACCAAAGAAAGGAGCAAGAAUAUAUCAUCAUUGCAUUGCAAACUGGUUCAUGCAUGCACCAACCCAUUCAUGGUACAUUAGUGCACCAUUAUGCAAUAGACAAACUAAAUUUCGUGGUCAGCAAUUCAAUAUGUAUGUGUACCAAGGAUCUUAAUGCUCUAUCCUACAGUCCACCCUCUCACAAUAAAGCAUACCUCCUCUCUCUGCAAAAGUCCAAUGAACACUGGCGUGAUGGCGGUAUGAAGGGUUCAGCAAAGCAGGCGAGAAAGUGGAGCUGCCAAACGUGAUUAAUGUGUUAAGGGAAUUAAAUAAUUAUAUUGCCUUUGUUUAUUUUUAGAUUAAUACCCUUGCAGGUGUAUUGUGAUUGCUUUCCCUAAAUGGCUUUUAUAUGGAAGUGGCUGCAGUUUAUAUGAGGUAAUGAUCACUACCAAUUCACUCUUUUCCCUUCAGGAUUAUCAUCUGCCUCUAGAUUAUUCACAAAGUUAUUAAAGCCAGUUUUAACACACCUCAGAAAAUUGGGAAUGUUAAUUUCUUGGUUGUAUUUUUAUUUUGUCAUCUAAGCAUGAACUGUUUGGUAAUAUGACCUAUGAAUUGCACCUUUUGAAUUUAUUAGGGCUGCCAAUCCAUAUGUCCAAAUUUAUCUAAUGCCUAAACAAGUUGGGGAAUAUCUUUGUGUGAUUUGAGAUUUGAUAAAUAUGACCACAACUCUAUCCAAGGGUAAAAUAACUAGAAUCCAGAGGUUCAGUCAAUCAUUGCUGAGGAGGAAUGGUUUCUAAUCAUGAUUUGGCUUCUUUUAUAGAGCAGGUUGUUUUUGCAGGCAACGGUGUCCCACAAGCACUGUUAAGACAUAAGCAUCUCAAAUUCAUACAAAAUAUGAACCUUAUCAGAAGCAAAGAUGACUGUGAGGUAGAAGUUACCCUGGGAUGGGGAGGCAAGCUUGGUGCUCCUGGUGGCCAAUGGGAUUUGAAUGAGUUAGAUCAUAUAAACUGCCUUGAAUUUAAAGCUGUAUUAACAUGUUACUUGUGGCUGGCAUCGCAACGAACUCUCCUUCACUGCGAUUCAAAUAAAUCGUUGUCACGUCAGUGUGGCUCCUGCCAGCGAAGCAAGAGGAGACUUAGGAAAUGCACCCUAAACAAUUUUAUGGUGGACCUAGUUCAACAGAAGAAAGGGAAGAUAGCAUUUCCUAUCAGAAGCUGAAGGAUCAAAGAGAGAAUCUCAAAAGAGAUACGUAGGGUGUUAUGAAAUAAUAUCCACUAACGAAGGAAGUAAAGUAACAUCUAAAAGAGCAAAAAAAGUAUCUACUUUCUGCAGCUUGUGUGAUGGCAAGCCUUACUUAUGUCUGUCAUGCUUUGAAACAAAACAUUCAAAGUAAAUAAUGGAAACAUGUAGCAGGUAUUUUUUCAGUAAAUUUCUUUCUUGUUUCAUUACUUGUGUUUAUAAGAUAUGAAGUUUUUGAGGAUCACCAAUGGUUCCUUUUGCUAAAGUUUGUCCAAUUGAUAGGAAAAUUAUGAAAAGAUCAAUAAUGAAAAUUACUAAAGCUUGUCAAGGAAAGUCCAAUCUGUUUCAAUUAUUUGUCAUAGAAAUGUUUUAUGUUCUGAAGGGUUUUAUUACAUUUAUUAGAAAAAAAUAUGA